AUGUCAAGAGCGACUUUGCUCUUCCUCGUUAUCGCUCUAGUAGCGUUAUCGUUCACUCCGAGAGUAGCAGCCUUUGGAGCUGGUAAUAUCCCUGGAUACUCUUAUCUCGAAGAGAAGGCAUUCCGACAUGGUGAUAUCGAAGAUGUCAUUGGUAAUUUGAUGAAAGCUGCUGGAGGUGGUUUCUUAUCUAGAGGAACGAAAUUUACUCCACUUGAUGUGAAACGAGUCUACUUCGGUAACUGGUUGAGAGAUUAUUCACAGGCAGUGGAUGUCGGUGCACUCAAGAAGACUAACCUUCAAACCAUCCUCAACGUAGUCAUGGUCUUAGGAUUCCUCGGUCUCGGUUACGCUACUGGUGAAUUCGAAGUGACCAAAGAGAGAUUAGGAUGUUAUCUUCCUACGGAGCAUAUCGAUAAUCCCAAAGGAUAUGCGGAUGGUGAAGAUGCCAGACAAUAUGAUGAUAGAUUGAGAGGUCCCGUCGAUCCUAGAGAACUGGAAAUUGAUCCUCAGACCGGUAUGAAGAACUACAUUGCUAAUGAGUACGGUGGGUGGGCAACAUCCAAAGCCUUGGUCAGACAGAGAUUGCAAGAGGUCAUUCACUAUGGCAGACUUUUCCGAUCGAAUGAUAACAAGGCAGAUUCAUACCAAGCUUUCCAGUUACUCGGUAGAGCUCUUCAUACUCUGGAGGAUUUCACCGCUCACUCAAACUGGUGUGAACUUGCGUUGAUCUCCAUGGGUUACAACAAUGUAUUCCCUCAUGUCGGUCGAAACACUCAGAUCCAGGCGCCCAACGGCAAGAGGGUGUUCCCACUGGUCACCGGUACAUUCGGUGGUGCCGAUUUCAUUCACUCGGUCAUGGGUGAAGCCACGGAUCAUUUGAGUCAACAAUCCGUAUCAGAUCUCACCAAACAAAUGUCCAAUGCGAGAUCAAUUUCCGAGGGCCAAUCUAACGCUGCGGAUACCCUCCGACAGUUGUUCUUCUCCAUUCCAGGAGGCGAAGGUAAUGAAAUGACCAGAGAUUUGGACAACAUCCAACAAAUGCGGGCUGGGCAACCGGGCGGAGUCGAUCCUUCCCAAAUGUCACCUCAAGAACUCCAUGAUACCCUUUGGAAGAUCUUGAGUUUCAGAGAUUCGGUCAUGAAGAGGAUUGAGAACACCAUCGAUCGAAUUCCUGGUCUCAGUGGAUUAGUCGAGAAGAUCUCCAAUUCAGUCUCAGUGUUUAUCAUUACUACCCUUGAACCUUUCGUGAAACCCCUCGUUGGUACCGCUACUGCGGCUCUCGGUCAGACUUCCCAAGCAGUCAUCGAUUCUCAUGAUCAAUAUGAAGUUUGGAACGAUCCUUACGCUUCUGACCCUACUCAUUCUUUCUUGUCUAAGGAUCACUUCGGACUUAUUCUCAACCAACCUGCAGGUGAAAUUGCGCAGAUCGUUGUGGAGUACACAGUCAAAUUAGUCGUCCAAGCUUGGGACAACAACAGCAUGCCUGUUGAGCAAGUCACCGAACCUGUUCUUCAAGCUUUGUUCCAUCCUGAUUUCCACGAUGGUCGAUCCGAGAUCCAGAAGCGAAUGCUAGACAAGAUGAGAAACUGGAUCGACACUGUCCAUCAAAAACAAGAGAUCUUGAACCGAUUGACAGCCGAUAAAGUCAAAUCCGGCGGUAACAAACGAAUUGGAGACACCUCACAAGCCACCGGGCAUGUGCACAACCAAUUAUUGCCAGAAGGUGGUCUACAACAAGUGGUUGCAUCUCACAACGUCCAUGUCCCUGGUGCUCAGUUCUUGAAUGCCGGUCAAGACUUAUUGUCUGGUAAGAAGCCAUGGGACCAAGGUUUCGGAUCUGGUGGACCAAACGCUUGGAGAGGUAUUGACCCCAACGCCUCUGAUAAUGGAAACAACGGAGGCGGACAUGCCUCAAGCUUCUACAACGACAACAACCAAAAUCAAUAUGGCUCGGGUCAGGAUCAAUAUGGAUCGAACCAAUCAUACCAACCUCCACCACAGCAAUCUUAUCAACCUCAAGGUGGACAUGCCGAUAAUUUCUUCGGCGGUGGCGGUGGUGGUGGUGGUGGAUUUAACCCUCCUUCAUACCAUCAUUCUGAACCUCAACACUCCUACGGUGGACCUCCCCAUGAUCAAUAUGGUGGACCGCCCGGGGGAUAUGGAGGACCUCCUCCCCCCCAAGAUCAAUACGGUCGACUACCCGGCGGGUAUGGGGGAGGACAACCUACCUACGGUGAACAGAUGGCUCAACAACAGGGUUAUCCAGGUGCUGGACAUCACGGUCAUGGUGGACAUGGUGGACAUCAUCAAGGGGGUAACCAAUGGGGCGGUCAAGGUGGGUAUGGUGGGGGUGGAGGUAAUUGGUAA